AUGGAGACUGAAAAUCAUACCACAGUGACAGAGUUCAUUAUCCUGGGAUUAACAGAUAACCCCACAACACUAUGUGCCAUCUUCUUUGUGAUUUUUCUAGGGGUUUACAUAGUUACCAUCGUGGGCAAUGUCAGCAUAAUCGUCUUAAUCCGAAGCAGCCCGCAGCUGCACACCCCAAUGUACCUUUUCCUGAGCCAUUUGGCCUUUGUGGACAUUGGCUACUCCACAUCCGUCACCCCGGUCAUGCUGAAGACUUUCUUGAGAGAGAACACUACUAUCCCUGUGACCGGCUGUAUAGUCCAGCUUGGCUCUGAUGUUGCUUUUGGGACUACAGAGUGCUUCCUGCUGGCCACCAUGGCCUAUGACCGCUAUGUGGCCAUCUGCUCGCCCCUGCUCUACUCCACCCACAUGUCCCCAGUGGUCUGUUUCCUCCUCUUGGGGGCUUCCUACCUGGGUGGAUGCAUGAACACCUCGUCAUUUACGGGCUGUUUCAUGAACCUGUCCUUCUGUGGACCCAAUAAAAUCAACCACUUCUUCUGUGACCUCUUCCCACUCUUGAAGCUUUCUUGUGGCCAUAUGUAUAUUGCUGAAAUUUCUCCCGCCAUCUCGUCGGCCUCAGUCCUCGUAAGCACCCUGUCCACCAUCAUCGUGUCCUACAGCAACAUCCUCUACUCGGUCCUGAGGAUGCGCUCUGCCGAGGGGCGGAAGAAGGCCUUCUCCACCUGCACCUCCCACCUUACCGCAGUCACUCUGUUUUACGGGACAGUGUUGUUCGUUUAUGUGAUGCCCAAGUCAAGCUAUUCGGCUGAUCAGGUCAAAGUGGCUUCUGUGAUCUACACAGUGGUGGUCCCCAUGUUAAACCCCCUCAUCUACAGCCUCAGGAACAAGGAGGUGAAAGAGGCCAUGAGAAGGCUAAUGGCUAGAACACUGGUUUUCCUGAAUUAA